AGUUCCAGAUAGACAUCCAUAUUAGUCUCCUGCAUACAAAUUAGUCUCUGCAGAGAGACAGAGAGAGUCAGAGAGAGAGAGGGAGAGAGAGAGAGUCUCUGUCCAAAAACAAAGGUGAGCUCUACAUAAUACAGACAGAAGAAAGUGUGUGUGUGCAUCUACUGGGCCAAUAUUUUCAGAGAAAUCUGCCUCGAAAGAAGCAAUGCAUCCCUCUGUUCACUGCUUAAAUCUCAUUUCAUGUCUUUAUGACCAUCAUUUUUAACAUUUUCUCUACGACCCACCACUACAUUUCAAGUCUUUAUGCUUCAUUUGUUGCAACUCACAGUUUAAUUUCAUUUUUACCACAAGUCUUUUGAUGAUUUGACUUGGAGGGAUCCCAGUUUCAUCUUGAUUUCUUGCAAGAUCUGUUUUAGCAAUUUGAAAUUUAAUAGUCUUGGUAAUAAUUCUGAGAAUUUGAUACAGUAGUGGUGGUAAGUACUAAGUACAGUCCAAGUUGCACAAGAUUUUCUGGGGAAUUUUUUAGCUGUAUCCAAGAGCACUAACAAGACUUUGAAGGGUCAUUUAAAGAUUGUGGCUUUUUUGCCGGUUAAGUUGUUUGGGGGCAUGGGUAGUGCUUGAAGUUGAUACAGUAGUAAGUGUGGAUUUCUAGGACUCAAAGAUGGCAGCUUCUUGGGAACAUUUUGGGGAGAUUGCGAAUGUGGCCCAGCUGACGGGUCUUGAUGCUGUCCGGUUGAUUGGGCUGAUUGUUAAAGCAGCUGCUACAGCUCGGAUGCACAAGAAGAAUUGCAGGCAGUUUGCUAUGCAUCUGAAAUUGGUAGGCAACUUGUUAGAGCAGCUUAAAAUUUCAGAACUGAAAAAAUAUCCUGAGACGCGCGAGCCACUAGAGUAUCUUGAGGAUGCAUUGAGGAGGUCAUACAUUUUGGUUAAUAGUUGUCAAGACCGGAGCUAUUUGUACUUGCUUGCCAUGGGCUGGAACAUUGUGUAUCAGUUCAGGAGGGCUCAGAAUGAAAUCGACCAAUACUUGAAAAUUAUUCCACUCAUCACCUUAGUGGAUAAUGCUCGAGUCAGGGAAAGACUGGAAGUAAUACACAUGGACCGAUGUGAAUAUACGUUGGAUGAAGAAGACAAAAGGAUUCAAGAUGUCAUUAUGAAACCAGAACCCUCUAAACAUGACACUGUUGUGUUGAAGAAAACACUUUCGUGCUCCUACCCAAACAUGCCUUUUAAAGAAGCAAUCAAAAAAGAAAAUGAAAAGCUUCAUCUAGAACUACAACAUUCUCAAGCUCAUUUAGAUGUGAGUCAAUGUGAAGUGAUUCAGCAUCUAAUUGAUGUUACAGAAGCAGUUGCAGUAAGUUCUCCACCAGAGAAGAAUUUACCAGUCAAAAAGUCUAUGAUGCUGGAGCCUAGUUAUUCGAAUGCUAGUAGCGUCAAGGAUCAUUACAAUGACAUAUAUACCAAAAAAACCGAGUCACGCUCAACUUCAAGAAACACUUCUUCACUUUCAUCUGGACGUGAUUUGCUGUCUAGCAGAGGAUCACAGCGAAAUGAAGAUUGGAAUGCAGAUUUACUUGGCUGCUGUUCAGAACCUGCUCUGUGUAUGAAAACGCUAUUUUUCCCUUGUGGCACAUUUUCAAGAAUUGCGAGUGUGGCAAAUGAUAGACACAUAUCUUCUGCAGAAGCUUGUAAUGAAAUGAUGGCUUAUUCAUUGAUAUUGUCGUGCUGCUGUUAUACAUGCUGCGUGAGAAGAAAGCUUCGGAAGACGCUUAAGAUCUCGGGAGGGUUCUUUGAUGAUUUUCUCUCACAUUUUAUGUGUUGCUGCUGUGCUCUUGUACAAGAAUGGCGAGAAGUAGAGAGUCGGGGAAUUCAUGGUCCUGAGAAGGCAAAAACAAGCCCCCCACAAUCUCAACACAUGGAAUCAUAAGGCUGAAGCUUAUGUUGUAUAGGUUAUAAACUCUAUAGUCUAUACCUUUCGGGGUUGUUGAUCUUCUUUUAAACUCCAUCAAGUACAGACGUUUUGUGUGUAAAGUUGCUUUCUGUGAUUCUAAGAUUCUACAUAAGAAUGUUUUAGGAAAGGAGUCGUGAAGUCGUGUAACUCUUGGUUGUUAUAUUGUUCCACAGUUUAUGGUAUCUGUUAUAUUGUUAAUCCUA